AUGACAGACGGGGCCAGACGACUACCGGUUGUGGUUAAGGAUCAAAGUACCACAACUUUACAAUGUCCAAUGUUAACCGAAACAAAUUACAACAUCUGGGCGAUUCGUAUCAAGGCAGUAUUCAAGGUUCAUAGAAUACAGCAAGCUUUAGAACCAGGCGAAAAGGAGGUAGAGGCAAAAAAGGAUGACAUGGCGGUUGCACUUCUACUUCAGGCAAUACCCGAAGAGCUCGUGUUUCAAGUAGCUCAGUUUCAGACUGCAAAGGAAAUUUGGGAAGCGUUGAAGACACGGUAUGUUGGGGUUGAACGGGUUCGAGAGGCAAAGCUUGAGCAACUGGAAAAUGAGUUCGAAUACUUGAAAAUGAAAGAAACAAAGACAGUUGGUUCUUUCGCGGGCAGGAUAAGUCAGUUGGUUACCAAAGCAGCCAGUUUGGGAACCACCUACGAAAACAAAAAGCUAACCAGAAAGUUAUUAGGCUCUGUUCCAGCAAAGUAUGUUCCAAUUGUCGCAUCAACUGAACAAUUCGCAAAUUUGAAGGCCAUGACAUUUCAGGAAGCGAUCGGUAGACUGAAGACGUUAGAAGAUAGGAUUAAGGGUAUCGAGUCUUUAGCAGAAAUCAAGGUAAUCUAA